ACCUCAAUAUUCAAAGUGAGGCUACAGUAGAAAAUGGCGGCGCCCUUAGACGAAUAAAUGUGUAAUGUAGGAAAUUACAUCAGUCAUUCAUCAUGACGAGCUCUGGAACCACUCCAGUUCAAGAUGUGGACGAAGAAACGACUAAAAUGGUCCAAGAGACCAUCAACAAAAUUAAAUCUCAGGGUCUGUUUGAUCAGUUCCGCCGAGAUUGUCUCAUUGACGUCGAUACAAAGCCUGCUGCACAAAAUCUUCGUCAGCGAGUUGAAGGCUUUGUGACACGCUUCCUUUCCAAUUGUCAAUGGAGCCCAAACUUGAAUAAAAACCAGCUUCGGGAUUCCUUGCGCAAGCAGAUUAAUCAGUCAGGGAUGCUGACACAAGGUGUGGAGCGUAUAAUUGACCAAGUGGUAAACCCCAAAAUUUUCCAGGUUAUCAAGCCAAAGAUUGAUGAGAUUGUUUGCUCUCAGCUGAGACUUGACUAUCGAGAGUGGCAGGCUGAAACUACUCGCCGCAAAGCUGAAGCCCUUCGUAUACAUCAGCUCCAACAGCAACAAAAAAUCCAAGCGGUAGUAAAUAGCAUACAGCAGAAACAGCAGCAACAGCAAGCUGCAAACAGUGCCAGUGCAACAGCCAUGUCUACUGUUGGGGCAGGGUUCAACAUUCCUCCCCCUGGCAUGUUUCCAGGUCCAGAUGCAACAUGGCAAACUGCAGGAGGGAUGUUCGGUGGUGGCCUUUUCCCACAGAUGCCGUUUGGCAAUCCUUACAGCUUUGGUGUCAUGGGGCAGCAGCCAUUGCCACCUUACAUGCAAGGCUGGGGUGGUGGGGGAGUGGACAUAUUUCCACAACUUCAGCAGCAGCUUCUACAGCAAGCAACCUCGACCUCACAGUCAGCAACCAGCACACCUGCACUUCAGCCACCACCUGUGCAGCCCAUUCCCCCAGUCCAGCCCCCACCACCACAGCAGCCUCCACAUGUGAUUCCUCCUCCACCAUCCUUUGCAGCAAUACCUGCUCCAGCUACACCAGCACCACCUAUAGCCCCACCCCCUGGCACCAUAAUCCCACCACCACCACUCCCUUCCACUGCUCCCCCAUUAUUGCCUGACCUGUCAAAGCCCCCACCUGCAGACAUGCCCAUGCUGCCAGCAUCAUCUGCUGGCAUCUCUUCAGCUCAUGACAUCUCAAUUCCCCCGCCUCCUCUUUUUGGACUUAGUGCAUUGCCUUCUAUCCCGUCUGAUCCCCCACCUCCAGGAACAGAACUUGCUCUACCUACAAUUCCCAUGAUAUCUGCAGUGAGUGGAAGCCCCAGAGUCAUACCCAAAGUAGAACAGGUAGUAUCAUCGCACUCAUUUCUUUCACCUCGUCUUCUUGCUGAGGCCAUGAUUGAGUCUCCAUCACCCAGCAAGACACCAGCGAAGGAUAACAGUGGCAGAAAGUCUGGAAAGCUAAGUCAAGAGAAAGAGGUGAAAAAAGAAGAAAGUGUGGAAACAGUCUCAGAAACCAAGCCAUCCCCUACCACUGCGGCUUCUACAAAAAUGGUCAGGAAUUUAUUUGGCACAGAUAAACUGGAAGAAACACCAGCUUGCAAAAAAUCUGGGGAAACUGCUAUAUUACAGCCACAACCAGUCAAAGAUGAGAAGGAGACGGAAAAGGAAGUGAUAAAAGAGAAACAGAAAGAUGCGGAGGCAGAUGUGAAAGAAAGCAAACGCCAUUACCAGUUUGCAUGGAACAAAAGUGAUGACGAAGAUGACAAGCAUAGUGAUAUUACCAUCAGUUCUGUGCAUACAAGUGAUCUGUCUUCUUUCAGCCAUUCUUCAGAGAGCAGUGAAGAAGGGGAGAUAUCUGACAGAGAUGAAGAAGAAGUUUCCAAAAAAGACUCAGAAGACGUGUCGAGCACUAUAACUGAACUUAGUCACAAACCGGUUGCCUUGGAUAAAGAAGUGUUGCCUGCGAAGGUGAGGGCUUCAUCGAAGACAGGAGCAACAAAUGAUGGCAAACCAAGAAAACUAGUAGCGUUGUCUUAUAACUACAGUGAUAGUGAAGAUGAGGAGACCAGAGAAGAGCGAAAGGCGCGUUUGGCAAAAGAGAAAGAAGAACGAUACUUGAAAAGGCAAGCAAGGCGAGCAGAGAUGGAGGUGAAGAGGAAAGAGAGAGAAGAAGAGAAAGCAAGAAUGCGGGAAAAAAGGAAAAAGAUGCUGCCCAGUGAGCUGUCGGCAUCAGAUGGAGGGACACCAGUCAAAGAUGAAAAGCCAUGCAGUGCAAAGCCUGUGCAAGAAGAGGAAAGAGGAAGAACUAAGGUACUUGUGUCAGCAGCAAGCAGCUCAGUUGUGACAUCAUUAAUUCGGACAAGCAUAGCUCAAGAGGAACAGCAGAACACUCCUCGCAAGAAACGUCGAACAAAGGCUGAGAUGAAAGAGGAACUAAUGCAGCAGAAAGUUGAACAAAGAAGAGCCAUGCGCAGGCAGCGCACCCUCAAUCGGCGAUAUGCAUCUGAGGAGUUCACAUCAAUUUUUAGUGAAAAACGUGAGCUGGCACCUCAUCUGGGAAUCUGUAGCCAGAGUCUGCAAGAACAGGAUGUUGUUGAGGAAACGGUGGAAGUGGAUACAACAGUGGACAUGGAUGCCAGUGGCAUCAUUGAGCAAGAGUUGGUGGUGGGAGAGUUUGUUGUUACAACUGAGUCUGUAGAAGAAGAAACUACCACCGUAGAUGUUGCAAGCAGUGAGCUGCCAUCAGCAUCUGGAGUUAUUGAAGUUGCAUAUGAUCCCCUUCCAAGUAACAGCAAAGCUUCGGUCGCAUCAUCAGAAAAGCAUAGUACUCAGUCAAGUCGUGCUAGUUCACCAUAUAGUGAUAUUUCAGAGGAAACAACAACAAAUUCUUCCUCCUCGUCAGAGAGAUCCAUGCGUCAGAGACGACGAAAACAAAACUCUGGAGAUAGCAGCCUCUCAGAUCAGACUCCAGUUAAGCGCUCCCAGAGGAUUUCAUCUCGGCAAGAGGAACCUUCUCGUGGAAGAAGUGCUAGAUCCAAACCAUCUGAACCACACAGAGCAUCGGAGGCAUCUGAAAGCCGCUCCCGCACCAGUCAGCGUUAUGACAUGGAUGAUCUCUACAAACCACGAACAAACCGGCGAAGACCGUUGACCCAACCUGCUGCAGACUCUUCUUUUAGUGGCAGGUCUGAGAGAAAAGACAAGCAUGGAACAGACACACGCAGGCUGGAUAGGAGACGAGAUCGAGAUUCACCAGACCGAUUUUCUAGUAAAGAUAAACCCUCAGUUGGGAGAUCAGAAAACAGAAAGCGAAGUAAUGUUCCUGAAGAGAAUGCUGGGCUUUCAUUGGCUGAAUAUAAGAAUUAUACUCCUCGAAGCACUUCGCAGUCAGGAGUAAUGUCCCCUGGGAGACAGUCAACAGCAGGAGGAAAACCAGUGCUCCAGACACCCCCUGCCACCACACCAAUUAUUGCUGAUAUGGAUUUAGAGCCAGUCUCUCCAGAAGAUGAAUCACUUGAUGAACUCCUGGAAGAUGCAGUAGAUAAAAGCCAGUCAAAAGAAGCAGAAAGUCACAGCAUGACUGCAGAGAAAGAGCAGCCAAGCACAGAUGUGCUAAAAGUUGCCACAGAGGAGGAUGGGGAAGGCACUGCAAGACGAUGGAAGGGAAAAGUUCCCAUUGAAAUGGUUGACUUUGGAGAAGCAGCACGACAUGCCCGUGGCACUGGUAGUGGCGGAGGCAGCAGCAGCAGCAGCUUGAGUGGCAUUAGCAGUGGGGUUAGGGCUCAGUACAGCGUAGAAAAUGACAGACGAUCUGCCAGGCGACCAGAUGGGUGUGCUUUUGCAGGUGGAAAGUAUGGGACAUCCACUUCUCGACCGCCUUCUAGUUCUACGCCAGGACCACUUAGCCAAGGAUAUUCCUAUGAUCGCAACAAAAUGUCAUGGACUGCUCAAGUUACUGCCUCUAAGCCAAUCCCACCACAGACACCAACAGAAAACUUUCAAGGUCGAUAUGAUCGAAGUAAAAUGGUUUGGAUUGCACCAGGACUGAAAGCUUCUAAUCCACCCAAAGCCUCUUACGACAAUAGUUCUGACUCGGGGGGUGGGGCACAACCAGGAGGAACCCAUCAGGAACGGGAUGAAAACAAGGCUUCAUCAAACAGAAACAGCAAGGACUCUAAAUCACAACCAUCUUCAGAAAGUCACUCAUCAACCCCAGUUCAGCGGCAGCUGUACUCUCCCAUCAAUGACAGUAGCAGCUCAGUCUUGACUGACAACAGCCACUCCCCAACACCACCACCGCUGUCUCCUCCUGCUCCCUGCCGCAGUAAACGUCAUCGCAAAAGCUCUUCGUCAUCUUCCUCUUCUUCUUCAUCUUCUUCAUCCACCUCAUCAUCACCAGAGCCACUUCCACAACCAGCUAAGCGAAGGCGCAAAGAAUCAGAGUUGUCUGAUGGAGAGAUUACUAGCAGCUCAAGCGCUGAAUCAGUCUCAAAAAGUAAAAAGGAACUUGAGACUAACAUGGAGAACUUGCCUAAAGCUUAUCAGAUGCACAAUCGAUCGCCUUCUCCUGAGAUCAAGUCCUCACCUGAGAUGGUGAGGAGCAGAACACAAUCAAGGUCUUCUCUUGAAAGGCAAAGGAAGAAGAAAAAAUCACCACCACAACGGUAUGCUUGCUUGCGAGAUUCUAGGUCACCAUCCCCUCAACAGGAACGAAGGCGGCAUCAGAAAAUGAAGCGAAGACGUUCAUCCUCUUCACCAGAAUCAAAGGAGAGUGCUGGAUCAUGGUCAGGGUCACGCAGAGGUUGUUGGUCAGCGUCUUCACAGGAGCCAGGGAAAAGAAAGAAAAGAGCUCGGAAGCACCCCUUAUCUUCACCUGAGAGAAAUUUAGACAGGCACAGCCUGUCCUUUCCACAGCAGGCCAGAACCCAACAGUCACCUUCUCCUCCAAGUUUGGAAUCUGUUUCUGAUGGGUUUUCUUCAUUUCCAGAGGAUGAAGGUUGUUCGUCUCCAGUCAAAAGGAUGGAGAUAGUUGAGGACAAUGUACUUACUCCACCUACUCCUGGACUAAUGGAUGAGCGGGGAUCAGUAACCCCUCCUCCUGUGGUAAGAACUGGAGCAUUGCCUCGCUUGCCACGCCAAGACCUUUUGGGCAGUCCUGUCUCUCCACCAACACCUGACUUGCAAGAUGAGCGCUCCCGAGAACAGACACCAGUGGAAUUUGAAGAGAGGAAGUUUCUACCACUUUUGCCUACGCUGCACUCACAGGCUGAGAUGGAUGCAAUCAGAGGCAUCUACCCAUCUUUAGCUGAAAGCAUUGGACCAAAAAUUUCAAAGUUUCCACAACCUGCAGAAGAAAGAGCAGCCAAAAAUGACACUGAUGUGACUGUGUUGGAUCAUGCAGCGCAAAGUGUCCCAUCCCCACACACUCCCAAGGGAGAACAGCAACCAGAAGCCAGUUCCUCACCAUCGCCACCCAAAUUGCAGGCACAGAGAACGCCAUCUGAUGAGUGGCAGCCAGCAUGUGCUUCCACAGUUGCAAGUGUAUAUGCAUUAGAGCUGCCAAAACUUCCCUUGCAAUCCCCUCAAAUAUUAGGUCAAGGUCAGGGGUCACCCUAUCCACCUCCGCCUGAUCUUAGUAUGGAAAACUCGCCUGUACCUCCCUUGCUGGAAAAAUGUGGUGACUCACCAUCUUUUGUGCAAACUCAUGAGGAUUUGCAGGAUGGAGACACACCCCAGCAGUUACCUGGAACAUCAUCACAACUAUUUCCACCACCAUUGCUACCAUCACCACUUCCUUUGUUGCUGGAAUCUCCCAUAUUACCUUUUGUACAGCAGCCAGAAACAGUACAUGGAGCUCAAGAACUAGUAGAAUGCUUGACAGUGGGAACUCCUCAAUCUAAUGAGGGAAAAUCAGAGCCUUUAGUGUUGCCACAGAUACCUGACCACGAUCGUUCACCAACCAUCUCUGUACCUUCACCCCACCUAACUUCUUCAUCUCUGACACAACCAGCUGUCUCAUCGCCCCAACAAAAUGAUGAAAAAGAAAAUCUGUUGACUUCACCAUCACAUCAGUCACCUUCACUACCAUCAACUUCAUCUCCACCAACAUCUUCGCAACUACCACCACCAUCACAGCCAGCACCUUCUUCCUCAUCCCCUGCACUGCUGUCAUCAUCAUUGUUCACGCCGUUUCCAGCACCUGUACCAUCUUCACUUCCAGCACCUGUGUCAUCUUCAUCUCCAGCAUCUGUGUCAUCUUCACCUCCACCGAUGGUGCCAUCUUCACCUCCAGCACCUGUGCCAUCUUCACCUCCAGCUCCUGUGUCAUCUUCACCUUUAGUAUCUGUAUCAUCUUCACCUCCAGCAGCUGCAUCACCUUCACCUCCAGCAGUUGUAUCACCUUCACCUCCAGCAGCAACACCUGUGUCAUCUUCUCCUCCAGCAUCUGUGCCGUCUUCACCUCCUACAGUAUCUUCACAUGAAGAAUUGCUGUCAGUGUCUUUAGCUUCAUCUGCAUUAAGUUCAUUGGCUUUACCAUCUGCACCCUGUCCACCCCAGCCAACUAGCCAAUCCCUGCCUCCAACACAGUUAGCAACACUAGCCCCAUUGUCUGUGCCAUUGCAGCCUUUCUCACCUGAAGGAGUGUUCUCAGUUUCACCAGCACCACCAUCAUCAGAACUGCCACCGUUGGCCUCAUCGUCUCAAUUGUCAUCAUCAACACCACCACCAACACUGCCACCAUCCUUACCAUUGUUGCAUCUAGAAUCGCCUGCUUUGUUAUCACUUUCACACAAACUGGGAAAUGGCCAAGAGGUAGCAAAGACUGAAGAGAUGACAGCAUCAUCUAAUGCAGGCAUGGUUUCACAUACCCAAGUGGAGACUCCAAUGGAAGCAGCUGAGAUGCUGCCUUUGGAGGAAAAAGAAUCUAAGAUUAAUUAUGAACCACUCUUACAGACAGUGAAUGUUCAGGAGCUGCCAGAAAAGAUGGGACAGAGUAGUGAAUCAGCUGGCUUGUUUGUGGCUACAUCUCUUGAAGUAGAUUUAAAAGAAACCUCUAAACUGUCAAGUGUGCCUGUACCAGCACCGUCUAAAAUGUUAAUGGAUGCUCCCAUUUUAGAAACACCACCUUUUGAUGGUCGAACAUCAUCUGAGACACAGAGCAUGAUACAGCACCAUUCAAAAACACCAGCUAUUAAUGAGGUGACACCAGCUGAAGUUCUGAGCAUAACAGACACAUCAUCAUCCAAAAUACAGGCUCAAGUUGAGCUGGUGCCAUCUGAGAUAUUGAGUGUGAGCGAGUCAUUGCCACCCAAUAAUUUAGACCAGUCAUUUACUUCUGAACAUCCACAACACUCAUCAUUUUUGCUAUCUGCGAAAGAAAGUGCUUUCCCAGAUACAGCAUCUAGUGUACCAUGUACGUCAUUGGCAUCUUCUCAGCAACCUGACCAUCCAUCUUUAUCUUGCUGCCUACCACCAGUGUCACUGAACCAGGCAGAAGAAGGGGAGCAGUGUAGAAUGGCUCCGUUGAAAGAAUUUUCUCAUGAAGGUGAAAACACAGAUGGUGCUGACCUUCAGAAAGAUAGUAGUGACGUGGAAAUGUCUUCACAGAUGCCGUCUCCAACUGUCCUUCCUCCAGCUUCACCUUCACAAGUCUCAUCAACAUCACCUCACAUGCCACAACAACUGUCUUCUUCUGAGCAAAUACCUGAAGCCCCAACAACUCCACCACCACCACCUCCUCCUCCUCCACCACCACGACAGACUUCUCCCCCUAGUCGAAGAGAAACACGAGCUUCUUCUCAUAAUGGAGCCAAAUCAGAGCCACGACACAUGGUCACCAGAAGACACUCCAACCCUCCAGCUUCACCACAGCGGGAACUGCGCCGAAACCAUCCAGUGUCAUCACUUCCUGUGAGAGAGACUCGUAGCAGACAGGACAAAGGCCCAGGUGGAAAGAGGACAAGGCACUAAAGCCUCUCUAAGCACUUGUUUGAGCCAAUGGAGUGAAAAUUAAGUUGACAUACAAAAACGUUUUAAAUAUUUAUUCCUGUAAAUAUUAAAAAUUUAUGAUACCUGAUAAAUCUUCUUUAGCAAUUAUACAAUGAUUAUAAAGUUACUAAUGCACUGGACUAUUUACUACAUAGUUCUGACUGCUGUUGCAUCACAGACAGUGUCCAAAGCAGUCUGCUAGGAAAAUGUUCACUGAAGACCACAAAAGUUGAAGAUGAAAAACUGCAAAGUCUUUAAAGUUCUCCUAGGCAUGUGGUUGCAUGCAUGUAUGCACACACACAAUGUGCACAGACUUUUUGUUUUCAAGUCAGUGGUAUUGAGAAAAUACACCAGCAGAGUCUUCCUCAUCAUCUUGCUAUCAUUUCUGAUGUUUCAGACUGCUUUUUGUGUUUUCCUGAAUGAUGUUGCAGUAAUAUGUAGCAAUACACAGCAAUAUGUCCGAAUGAAGGGCAUACUAUAUAGCAGUCAGUGCAGGCUGCUUUUGUUUUUUUAACAGUUGGUAAACCAUGUUUGCUCAUCAGAGCAUACCUCUGAGUUAUAGAGCACUGAAAGUUUCUUUACAAGGGAAAUCGUUCAUGAGAACAUUUUGCUGCUAAACUGUUAAAAGUGUGUUAAAAGUGUUAAAAGUACUCUUCUUUGCUACUUUUUACUGUUCCCUAGAAGAAAUAGGAGAAGCAUGUGAGCAAUGUAUAUAUAACUGCAUAACUAUGGAACUGUGUUGAGUACGUGUCCUGUUCAGGGCAUAAGUAAAAACAAAAAAAAAAAACAAAAACAAAAAAAAUCGAGUAAAAUUGCUUUCAAAUCC